AAUUAGUUAGAGGGUCACUAAUGGAUUCAAAACCGCAUUUAAGACAUACGAGAAAGAAAACGAACAAAAAGAAUGGUAAUGAGCAGGUGAAUCUGAAGGAAAGUGGAGAAAAUGGCAAACACUCUGUGUCCCUUGAGAAAGAGAGAGGUAGUUCUGGAAAGAGAAUUGGAUUGUUUCAUGAAGCUCCAGAACACAAUAAAUAUUUGAUUUACAUUAAGACAGGCUAUAGAAUAGGAUUCAGCAGCUUUAGAGAUUGUUUGAAAUCUAUUUUUAUUAUUCAUAAUGAAACAGUAAAUAUUUGGACCCAUCUGAUUGGAAUCUUUAUGUACCUCUUCCUUGCAUACUACGUUUAUUAUUUAAUGCCAACUACUGAAGAAUUAAGAAACUUUGAUGGAAGUCAAGGGGAUCUAAUCAGAUAUCACAAAUAUUUCGUAGAACAUAUUCUUGGAUAUGAUGUAAAGAACUUGAGAGAAGAGAACAGUGAGAUAUUUCCGGUUAUACUUCAUUACCUUGGAGGAGCAAUCUGAAUGGUAUGCAGCACUUCACAUCAUGUUUUUAUGUGCCAUAGCGAAAAAGUAUUCCAUUUCUUCUAUAAAUGUGAUAGCUUUGGAAUUCUGUUCAUUGCUCUUGGAAUGAACUUUACUAUGAACUUUUAUAUAUUCUAUUGUGAGCAGACCUUCUAUAUCGCUUAUAUCUACAUCGGCUUGGCAAAUUUGAAUUCAUUAUUAAUAGCAAUUCUGACUUUUCACCCUAAGUUCAACCAGACAAAAUAUAGACCUUUGAGAGUAUGGUUGUUCAUAAUAUUCGGUGUAAUAUGUUGUAUUGCUAUUUUCCAUUCUUUAUUCAUAACUAAUCCAUUAUACUCUUAUGGUGCUGCACCAUGGUGGUUUAGCGGUAACAUUAUUUCAAUUUUUGGAUCGUACAUUUAUGUUAAGAAAGCUCCAGAGAGAUACUACCCAUGCACUUUUGACAAUUGAGGACAGAGUCAUAACAUUUGGCACCUAUUAAUUAUGGUUACCUCUUGAGCUCAUUGCAUUGCCUCCCUAUCAAUGCAUUACGCAAGAAUGGAUAAAGUUUGUCCUGAUUGAGGUUAA